UCAAGGGCUUUGUCGAGGUGAGAUGUGGCGCUGUGGCUCCUGCCUUCCCCGACCACGUGGCUCCCGCACUCCCCACUAACAUGUUAAAAACCUUAGAACGAGUCUGUGUCGCUCAGUCAUCUGCACUGUAGAAAUAUGUGCGGCUUUAUCUGUCUGGUGACGGGUUGAAAGGAAACUAAUUUACAGAUGUGUUUCACUUUACACUGAUAAUAUAUGAUGCUGUCGAUCACGCAUUGUUUGUGACUUAAAAACUGGUCUUUAAGUACACAUAUAAUUAGAAGUAUUAGUAGGAACGUCUUCGCCAAUUGUCAUAAGGGACUAUAAACGCAGAGUUAUUAGUAGUACAGGAAGACUGCCAUCUGAGGCUUGGGCUCCAACAGCUGAAUUAAGGAGAAGGUCUCCUGCUUGAGGUGUGAGAAAGAGACAGCAUCACCAGCAGGAUGACGGCACCUACAGCAGCAGUGAGGUGGCUGGUGGUGGCGAUGCUUGUGGCAGGAGCUCUCACUGCUCUACAGCAAGGAAUGCCUCAGGUGUGCCGGUACCAGCGCCAGGAGAAGGUGAAGGUGCAGGUGCCCACUGUCAGAGCCUUCACCGCCAACGUCAAGAUCUUCCGCCCAGACUGUCUCACCAACGCCCCAGAUUGCGUCGGCUACGAGAGAAGGACCAAAUAUCGGAAGGUGUACCAGGAUAGAGAAGAGGUCCACACCCACACUGUCUUCGCCUGUUGUCCCGGCUGGUCCACACAGGACUCAACGGAGAGAGACGAGAAGAAAGGUGGACGACGCCACAAGGACGACAAGGAGACGAGUGCCGGAAGCGACGAAGGGUGUUUCACUAGAUCGGACACCUCGUCUGAAGAAGAUGGAGGACGAGAGAUAACACACGAGGGUCAGGUCUAUCACUUGGUCGACGACUCCAAGGAAAGAAGGAACAAUUCCUAUUUCAAGGGCGAGCUGUAUAACUUGUACAAGCUGGUGUAUGGGCCAGUAGAGGCCGAACGCCUCGCCGAAAACAAAAGCUCUGAAGAUGGGCCUUUUUUGGCUAAUUCUCAGCCGGCUUCUCAGGGUAGCCUUGGCAACACUAGCAUCAACAUCAAGACUCAAGAGUACGCCAGCGACGACCCGAGUUCGCACGGACUUGCUACAGCAGGAGACCCGGACCUCUCUCAGAGACCUCUUGCUUCAUCAGACACCGAAGGCACCAGCCACCAGAAGAUCCAAAUCACCGCCCCGCAUCACCACCACAGAAGCCACCACCACAGGCGGCCCACCGAAGCUUCAGCAGCUGCCAGCCUUAGCCGCCACCACCGCUCUCGUAGCCGCCACCACCGGCGCCACAGAGGCCGCUCCCUCCCCAGCCACGACGAGGACGGGGAAGCCAAGACAGCACACGACUCAGGCCAGAGCAGUAUUCGUCGCCACCUGCACAGACUUCACAAGAAGACGAACGACACAGAGGGCGAUGUGUCCAGCUACAUCGUCAUCAUGUCACCGGGCAAGAGAAACGGGCGCAGGCGCGGCCAGGGAGGCAGGGAGCGGCCCGAGGGAGUGGCUGCGCAGGAGCAGGUUUCCCGCCUACAGGAGGUGGUGCAAGCGCCUCCCGGAACACCUCACAACCGGGACGAGUGCCAUGGGGACAAUGGAGGCUGUGACCACUCCUGUACCAACACUGUGGGCUCCUUCCAGUGCUGCUGCGGCUCCGGCUACAGACUCAUGCCCGACCAGCGCUCCUGUCAGGAUGUGGACGAGUGUAACUACCAUAAUGGCGGAUGUUCCCAUGAGUGUGUCAAUACAAUGGGAUCCUACCAAUGUCGCUGCAGCCCCGGCUACCGCCUCCUAUCUGAUGGUCGCACCUGCGUUGGCGAGGAGACGUGCGGGGUCAACAAUGGUGGGUGCCAGCACUCCUGCAGCGACUCCUCCGGGCGGGUCGUCUGCUCCUGUCGCCCAGGGUACCGAUUGGACCGUAAUGGACGAGGGUGUGGGGCUGUGGACCCAUGCGCACUCAACAAUGGUGGUUGUGACGACCUCUGCCAGGUGGAGCAAGGGCAAGCCCGCUGCUCCUGCAGGCGGGGCUUCACCCUGGCCAAUGACCAGGUGUCCUGCGUUGACCUGGACGAGUGUCACACCCCGGGCACCUGCAGCCAUCUGUGCCAGAACACCUGGGGCUCCUAUGAGUGCCUCUGUAAAUCCGGCUACCAGCUGGGCACCGAUCAUAAGUCGUGUUACAUGAUUGACAUGGAAGUGAUCAACUCGUGUCUGGAGAACAACGGUGGAUGUCAACACAUGUGUCGUCAUGGUGCAAGAGGAGCUGUCUGCAGCUGUCACCCAGGCUACCUUUUACAACCCGACCGUCGCAGCUGUCAGGACGAGGACGAGUGUGAGGCGAAGACCCACCGGUGCCAGCAGGAGUGUGUCAACACCGCAGGGGGCUAUGCCUGCGCCUGCACCCAGGGCUACACCCUCAGCUCCGACACCUUCACCUGUGCUGAUGUGGAUGAGUGUGAGCGGCAGAACGGGGGAUGUGAGCACGAAUGUCGAAACACCCAAGGUUCAUUUAUAUGUACCUGCCGAAGGGGCUAUGUUCUCGUUGACCGCACCCACUGUGACAUGGUCAACUACGACUACACCGGAGAGUACUCUGAUCGUUAUCCAUCCCAGGCCACUCAUGGUGACACUGACUUUAGCACCACCCUGGAAGCAGAUAACUACCCAUCCCAGGCCACUCGUGGGGACACGGAUUUCAGCACCACCCUGGAAGAUGACUCUUCUCUACUUGGGGACACGUCAGAUUCCACCCAUGACUUCUGGAAUGACGUGACCUAUGCUGAACAUGCCAAGGUCACCACCAUACACACCCGUUGUGUUCCAGGUCACUUUGGUCCAAACUGCACAUUAACUUGUGCCGACUGUCCCGGUCAGUGCGAUACUUCGGGCUGUGUAUGUCCUCCUGGGACCACUGGUCCCACCUGCUCUCUUCCCUGUCCUGUGGGAUUCUAUGGACUGGAAUGUAACCAGAUGUGUCGCUGCGAGAAUGGUGGCACAUGUGAUCCUGUUUCUGGCAAUUGCACGUGUCCCCCGGGAGUGUCUGGGAACCUUUGCCAAGAUGGAUGUCCUGCUGGAUACUACGGGGGCCAGUGUGAGCGGCGGUGUCCCAUGAUGUGCCCCAACAUGCGCUGUAACAGAGUCUUUGGUUUCUGUGAGUGUGAUCCAGGACGCUUUGGGCCCAAGUGUAACAUGCCCUGCCCGGCCCUCACCUGGGGCCCCAACUGCCGCUACCAGUGCCAGUGUCAAGCCCACACUACUGCUAAGUGCCACUCUGAGAGUGGUGUAUGUGAAUGUCAACCAGGCUACGUGGGCUCUGACUGUUCAGAGGCGUGCCCAGCUGGCAGCUGGGGUGCCGGGUGUUUGCAUGAAUGUCAGUGUGCCAGUAGUGCCACAUGCCACCCUGCCAAUGGUGUCUGUAUCCAAGACUGUCCAUCGGGCUUCACCGGACCUGACUGUCUCACACCGUGUGAGUUAGGCCACUAUGGUCCUGGGUGUAUGAAGGCGUGCAUGUGUGGCCUGCAGCCUUGUGACCCUACCACUGGUGUCUGCCUCUGUCCUGCAGGUACCCAUGGACCCAACUGCCUCCGGUCUUGUUCCAAAGGCCAGUGGGGUCAGAGCUGUCAGCAGAAAUGUCAGUGCCAGAAUGGGGCCACUUGUGACCGUGUCAGCGGGGCAUGCCACUGCCCUCCAGGAUAUGUUGGUCCAGCAUGCGAGUCGCGAUGCUCAGUUGGCAGGUUCGGUGUGGACUGCAGCGAGACCUGCACCUGUCUCAAUGGCGCAGCCUGUCACCACCUCACCGGCAGGUGUGAGUGCUUGCCAGGGUUCACGGGUCCUAGCUGUGGCCAGCCGUGUCCACUGGGGCGGUAUGGCCAGGAUUGUGUGCACAUGUGUCACUGUGAAAACAAUGGAGGCUGUGACCGUGUCACCGGCGAGUGCGCAUGUGCUCCAGGCUGGCGGGGACCUCAAUGCAAAAUGCCAUGUGAUACAGGAACCUAUGGAUCUGGGUGUGCCAUGAAUUGCAGCUGUGCCAACGGUGCUAAGUGUGACCACAUCUCUGGUGCCUGCAUGUGCCAGCCAGGUUGGCGUGGGACCUUCUGCUCACGGCCAUGUCCUGACGGGUUUUGGGGGCCUGAUUGUCGUUAUCACUGUGGCUGCGGUGCAGGUGCCGCUUGUGACCCUUCCACAGGUUCUUGCGCUUGUCCUCCAGGCAAACAUGGUCAACACUGCUCCAAAACUUGCUCUUCUGAUCGCUGGGGCAGUGACUGCCAGAAUGUGUGUCUGUGUCACAACGGAGGCACUUGUGACAGAGUGUCCGGUGCCUGUGUGUGUCCCCCUGGGUACACAGGUGCCACCUGCCAAGAUAGAUGUCCUAAAGGAACAUAUGGCAAUGGCUGUCAGCACACUUGUCUGUGUCAGCACGGUGCAAGUUGUCAGCAUGACACUGGAACCUGCAUUUGUCCACCAGGCUUCUCUGGUACAUAUUGUGAGACAGGUUGCGAGCAUGGCAGGUAUGGACCUGGGUGUGUACUGGAGUGUCACUGUCAGCACGACGGCCAGUGUGACCCCAUUACUGGCGCCUGCAAGUGCACCUCGGGCUGGCGUGGCCAACACUGCCAUAAAUCUUGCCACAAAGGGUUCUGGGGUGGAGGGUGUGAACAAGUUUGCGACUGUGAACAUGGCUCUCACUGUGACCCCAUCACGGGCGAGUGCCAAUGCCCUCCUGGCUAUGUCGGUGACAGGUGCCAGUUUAUCUGCCCCUUUGGCUAUUAUGGGAACAGGUGCGAGGAACUCUGUACAUGUGGGGAAGACGAGCCAUGUGACCAUAUGACAGGUGCAUGCACUUGUCCACCAGGGCGUCAUGGCCACCAGUGCCACGAAUAUUGUGCUGAGGGGAGAUGGGGUGAAGGGUGCCAACAUGAGUGCCAGUGUGCCAGGUCUUCCCUUUGUGACCCAGUCAGCGGUGAAUGCUUCUGUCCCGCAGGUCUUCGUGGUCGGAAUUGUAGGAGAGGCUGUCCCCGGGGCAGAUAUGGAGUCGACUGCAACCAGAAGUGCAAAUGUGAAAACAGUGGGACUUGCGACCCAGUCAGUGGGCAGUGCCAGUGUCGUGAUGGUUACUAUGGCCCCACCUGUGCCCUUCCAUGUCCAACUGGCACUUUUGGAUUCAACUGCAAUGAGACUUGUGAGUGUGAGCACGGAGGUGAAUGCAGUGGGGUCGGGGAGUGCCGGUGCCCUGCAGGGUAUACGGGAUCGCACUGUGAGACUCCAUGCCCUGACCACACCUGGGGCCUCCGCUGUGCCUUCCACUGCCGCUGCCACAAUGAUGCCAUCUGCCAUCCAGCGACGGGGAAGUGCCAGUGUGGGCUAGGGUGGACUGGACCAGAAUGUGGCCAGGAGUGCAUCCCGGGUCGCUAUGGCCCCAACUGCCAACUGGACUGUGCCUGCCACCACAACGUCUCCUGUGACCGCUUUUCCGGUUGCUGUGAGUGUGGCCCGGGCCGCUAUGGCCGCUACUGUGAGCUGGAGUGUCCGGAUGGGUUCUACGGAGCAUAUUGCACAGGUGUUUGUGAUUGUCAUAACGGUGCCAGCUGUGAUCCUCAUACGGGACAGUGCCGCUGUGCACCUGGCUUUACUGGCGACACCUGUCAACACACCUGCCAACCAGGGAAUUUCGGUGUCCACUGUCGUGAAGAGUGCCAGUGUGGAGAUUAUCCGUGUCACAGAGAGUCCGGGGAGUGCAUCUGCCCUCCAGGCACCAAGGGGGAUUACUGUGCCAUGCCAUGUGGAACGGGCAGGUAUGGCCGAGGGUGUGAACAGGUGUGCGAGUGUCACAAUGGAGGAACCUGUCAUCCAGCCACAGGCCACUGUUCCUGCACCCCAGGCUGGCUUGGACCCAAGUGUGAUGAGAAGGAUGUCUCCUUCAUCACGGCGAGCGACCAACGAGGACGGGCAGAUAUCCCUGUUGAGCUCAGCUGAUUACACUACUGAUGGGGAAAAUGUGUGUGAUGUCACAGCACUGUGAUUAACAGACAAGUAACUUGAGCUGCAUAUUGCUAGAAGAUGAUGGUAAAAUUUAUGUAAAACCGCCAUGUAUUACCGACGUUGAUGCCGAGUGGUGGUACCUGUGUCCAUGUGCCGAAAACUUUGAAAUUACUGUAUAUCUCGGCGAUUUAUCACGUGCUAUUGUUAAUACAGUACAUGUUCGUGAGUGAUUGCUCAACAGCAAACUCCUGCACACCAUCUCCUGGCUGUGCUUGCUCACAGAUAAUGAUGAGUGACAUUCGUUAAGAAAAAAUCUGAAUUUCUGGCAUGUGUGAUUCAAAAAAAUGGCACAUGAAAACAACAAAUUAUAAAAUUCUAGUGAUGCAUUUCUGAUUAGAACAACUGUGUGAAAAUUUACAACAACAGAACUUCUUUAAAUAUACUACUGUAUAUGCAUGUAAAGUGUGGUGUUCUAGUCUUGAACAUCUAAAUGUUAAGUUUUGUCCAAUUAUAUCAUCUUAAUACGCAAGAAGAGUCAAAAUUUUGUAAAUAUUUAAAACAACCAACUGUGAAUUUUCGUAUUCCUAGUGUAGGCGUGUUAUAUAAGUCUAAUCUAGGCAUACUGUAUAAGUCGAUACAUAUUUUCCCAUUUUAUGUGAUGAAAGUUCUCUUUGUUAUAGAUGUUUCAGUUCAGAUAUCGAAAGCAUCCCAUGUUAGCCACAUUGGAUAUGCAUUAAUUACACAUUAAACUCAUUAUGAUGAUAUUGCAUGUGUGUGUUGAUAGUUGUUUCCACAAUUCAGUUCCUGGGCAGGACAGACAGUUCGGCACAUUUCCUUUGACCUGAUGUCGAGUUCACCUAGCAGUAUGUAUGUACAGGUACCUGGGAGUUAUGCAACUAUUGUGGGUUGCACCCAGAGGAAGGUCAGUAGUUGGCCCAGGGACCCUUCAAUAAGCCUACAUGCAGGCUUUCUGUCACGACAACAGGGAAACCAUGACUUGGUUGUGUGUUUGUGUGUGCUGCAAACUAUUUCAUUUAAUGUUGGCGAUGCAAUAAUAGAGGAUGUAUUCCAAGAUAUACAGUAUCUUAGUGGCUACAGUAAAGGGGUAUAAAUUGGAUUAAUUAUUUGUAGAUCUGGUUUAAAUAUCUCAAGCAUAAUUUAGAUUUCAAAGCAAUGUCAGCAACACUUAAUACAUCCAAACAAAAUGUAAAAAGUAAUUGUGAAAUGUAAUGAGUCUCAAAAUGUUGCAUACAAACAUUUCCCAUCAAAAUCCACUUUUCUGAUGCUUAAUUUACAAUAAAUACUGAACAAUUUUAAAAGUAAUGAAUGAAUAAUUGUAGUAGUUGGUAAAUUUUUGUAUUAAAAAUAUAGUGUCAUCAUAAGUUCAUUAUACUGUAAA